AUGCCUGACUCAACUAUUAAACCACCACCAUCGCUUUACGAACAACUUGAUGCUCUAUCAGUCUCGCCCAUCCCAUCGGGUGUUUUAUCAGGAGCGUUGUUUUUGAAAGCAUUAACCAAGACAUCAUCAGCAGUCGCUAUACCCAAUUCAGGAACUUCAGGAUCGUCUUUUGCAUUUCACAAGACGUUAGCUGCAUCUCGACCUACGCGAUUAUCGUGCACUUUGUUUGGAUCAGCUAUGGCUUUGGGUACUUAUAUGAUGAUUGAUGGAGAUCCAUUGAAUGCCUCGGGUUUCAAUUUUGCUUGGCUGACUUUAUACUUGAUUGUUAAUGGUAAAUCCUCCAUUCUGUCUGUUUUCAGGGGAAGAAUAACUCCAGUUGCAUUGUCAGGAUUGGCUCUUUUUGAUGCUGCUUUGUAUGGUAGAGAAUUCUUUUGGAGCAAGAGAAGUCCCUUCCAACAAUGA